AUGACUACGGGUGUGGAAGGAAACACGGUAAACGCGGCUGUAUAUGGAUGUGGCCUUUCCGCAUCGGGAGCGCUUGCCAUACCUCGUCUUGUUGUCAAUGAUAAGAUUGUAACUGCAAAAGAGGCGCAUAAACCGCUUCGCAUCAGUCAUUUCAAUCUGAAAGGUAUCAGACAUGUAGCAGCUGGUUUUGGAUUCUCACUUUUUGCCUCGAGAGACAGGCUUUAUGGCUCAGGACUGAAUAACAGGCAAGAUUAUGCUUAUGUUUUUUUGUGUUACCCAGCUUUUUGAUU